AUGGCAGAGUGGCAGUGUCACAUUGCUGUGGAGCAUGCGAGAUGGGGCACUGCUGUGAUGAUCACUAGAAAAUACAACGCGGCCACAAUAGACACAGCUAUUUCCUUCCAUACGAUACUCAAUACUCCAAGUGUGCACGAUGCUUGCAUGAGUAUAAAUGACCCUUCUUGGGAACCAGAGCGUCUAAAUCUGCAGAGCCUAAACUUUUUCUGGAAGAGUCAGAACUGGAGCUGCAGCUCCCGCCCAUUCCCCAGGACCCGGGACCUCAAGCAGCUGCAGGUGUGGGAGCGCCCCGUGGCUUUGGAGGCUGAGCUGGCUCUGACGCUGAAGGUCCUGGAGACCGUGGCUAACUCGACCCUGGGGGACAUCCUGGACCAGCCCCUCAGCAUGCUGCGCCACAUCCACGCCAGACUCCAGGCCUGUGUCCCAGCUCAGCCCACGGCAGGCCCCAGGUCCCAGGGCCACCUCCGCCACUGGCUGCACAGGAUCCAGGAGGCCGAGAAGAAGGAGUCCCAAGGCUGCCUCGAAGCCUCUGUCACGUUCAACCUCUUCCGCCUCCUCACCUUGGACCUGAAAUGUGUCGCCAGUGGAGACCUGUGUGUCUGAUCCCUGAGACCCACCUGCAACCUGUCCCAGCAUCUUAAAUAUUUUUAAUGCACCAACUACUUCCCCUACAUUAUUGCCUCCAGAUUUCUAUUUGUUUAUGAAAUCCUCAAAGAUGUUUAUUUUUGCACUUUUGAUACAAUGUGUGAAAAUAAACAAUUUG